UGCAGCUAAUCGAACACACACGCACCAACACAGACACGCUCUCCUGGUCUUGCAAAGGCGCCCGGGCGCAGAGAACAGCUCCACCGAGAGCGCGCGGGGGCGCGGACGCGCACACACAAACACACACGCACAUGAACACACACACACUUACACACACACACACAGAGCAGCCUGCGGGUCGGCCACAGCCUUGAGAUCGCAGAUCCCUGGUAGGAAGUAGCCAGAGACAGCGAAGCAGGUGUCGCCCGCGACGCUGAUUACUACUUCCCCCGGCACUUUGGGGAAGACAUGAAUCGCGCCCAGUGCGUCCAUCCAUCCAGGUUUCUGUUCCCUUUUGCUCUCCAGACUCAUCGUCUUAGUUAAAGCCAGAUCAAGGGAGAAAAGGAGCGGGCGGGCUUCUGACUCCGAGCGGUGCGCAGCUCGCGCCCGGGCGCGUCAGCCCUGAACCCGCGAAGAGCUCCGCGCUCCCGCCAGCCUGCACCCCGGCAUCGCAGCUCGCCGAGGCCACGAGCGCAUCCCGCCGCAGGUAAAUGUUUAUCUGGCUACUUGGCUACUGAUUAAAGAACACAAAAUGAAUAAUUCAACAAACUCCUCUAACAAUGGCCAGGCCCUGCCCAGUCCUUAUAAGACAUUUGAAGUGGUAUUUAUUGUCCUUGUGGCUGGAUCCCUCAGUCUGGUGACUAUUAUUGGAAAUAUCCUAGUCAUGGUUUCCAUCAAAGUCAACCGCCACCUCCAGACCGUCAACAAUUACUUCCUGUUCAGCCUGGCCUGUGCUGACCUCAUCAUUGGUGUUUUCUCCAUGAACUUGUAUACCCUCUACACUGUGAUUGGCUACUGGCCUUUGGGACCUGUGGUAUGUGACCUUUGGUUAGCUCUGGAUUAUGUGGUCAGCAAUGCCUCAGUGAUGAAUCUGCUCAUCAUCAGCUUUGACAGGUACUUCUGUGUCACCAAACCACUCACCUACCCAGUCAAGCGAACCACGAAAAUGGCGGGCAUGAUGAUAGCAGCCGCUUGGGUCCUCUCCUUCAUCCUCUGGGCUCCCGCCAUUCUCUUCUGGCAAUUCAUCGUAGGGGUAAGAACUGUCAAGGAUGGGGAAUGCUACAUUCAGUUUUUCUCCAACGCUGCUGUCACCUUCGGCACUGCCAUUGCAGCCUUCUAUUUGCCAGUGAUCAUCAUGGCCGUGUUAUACUGGCACAUAUCCCGAGCCAGCAAAAGCAGGAUAAAGAAGGACAAGAAGGAGCCUGUGGCCAACCAAGAUCCAGUUUCUCCAAGUCUGGUUCAAGGAAGGAUAGUGAAGUCUAACAACACCACCAUGCCCUGCAGCGAUGAUGGUCUGGAGCACAGCAGGAUCCAGAACGGCAAAGCCCCCAGAGAUGCUGUGACUGAAAACUGUGUCCAGGGGGAAGAGAAAGAAAGCUCCAAUGACUCCACCUCAGUCAGUGCUGUCGCCUCUAAUAUGGUAUAUGAUGAAAUCACCCAGGAUGAAAACACAAUCUCCACUUCCCUGGGCUAUUCCAAAGAUGAGAACUCAAAACAAACAUGCAUCAAAAUUGGCACCAAGACCCAAAAAGGUGACUCGUGUACCCCAACUAAUACCACUGUGGAGCUCGUUGGUUCAGCGGGUCAGAAUGGAGAUGAGAAACAGAACAUGUUAGCUCGCAAGAUUGUGAAGAUGACCAAGCAACCUGCAAAAAAGAAGCCUCCCCCUUCCCGGGAAAAGAAAGUGACCAGGACAAUCUUGGCUAUUCUGCUGGCUUUCAUCAUCACCUGGGCCCCAUACAAUGUCAUGGUGCUCAUUAACACCUUCUGUGCACCCUGCAUCCCCAACACAGUGUGGACAAUUGGUUACUGGCUCUGUUACAUCAACAGCACGAUCAACCCUGCCUGCUAUGCACUCUGCAAUGCCACCUUCAAGAAGACCUUUAAACACCUUCUCAUGUGUCAUUACAAGAAUAUAGGCGCUACAAGGUAAAACCUCUGUAAAGAAGGAAGGAGGUCCAGGGGAGCUUAGGAAGAGGAAAAGGUGUGGAAGAGCUCCUAGUUUUAAAAUCUGCCAUUGCACUUUAUAGUCUAAUUGUGGGAUGUCCAAUUAAGGAGCCAAGCAGUGACACUCUUAUGGUGCCUAUGCUCCAGUUUGAGAAACUUGCACCUUAUUAAACACUAUCAGGAUGGAGCCAUGAGAUCAUAAAAGAGACACGUUGGAAUUGUGGAUAUAAAGAAGGAUCUACGUCUUCCCCUACUUCCUUGAGGAAGGGCUUGCGAAUCUACAAUUUUGCCAGUCUCUGCACAAGAAGAAUAAACUUGCUUGUUUUUUCCCCAUUAUUUGGUUUCCAUGUAUCCACAUGAAGUUGAAAGGCCACCUUCCUAAGUUAAUAUGGAGAUUUAAACAUAAAGAAAUUGACAUAAAGAAACAUAAGAAAAUUUAAACAUAAAGAAAAUCAAAAAAGGAUGCAGAAACAAUCUCCAGACUCUUCCAUAAAUAUUAUUCUUUUGUUGUGGUUUUACUUGGAAAAUUACAACAUUACAACAUUAUAAAUGCUAAUUUUUUUACCAUGCCUUUUUCCAACCAUUAAAAGAAAGCCAACAAAAAGACAAACCACCCCAACUAGAUCACAUCAUCACUUUUCUCAUAAUGGCACUAUGGCGUGAGUUUGUGUGCUUCUCUGUUCCACUUUGCGUAAAGAGAAAAUGUGCAGGACUUUCCCUAAAUCCAUCCAGAUACAGUCAUGAAAAUGGGCAUUUCACCCUUUCCACUUUGUCCUUUGCAUUCCUUGGGAGUAUAAAUGUUUAAAAGGAUUGAGUUCACUUUUGAUCCUUUAUGUGAAAUGAUUUUAUGAUCCAGUUUUCUCCUAAACUAGCCUCUUAUUUUAAUAGAAUAGCCAAACUAAUACACAAAUGUGCUUGAGAAACCAAAGCCAUUUUUGAAAUUGAGGUAUCAUCCAAUUAAGUCAUGGUUGUUCUGGUGUGAGAAUGUUUACUGAGGCCAGAUGAAUUUUGAGAUAAGAAAACAGAUGGUUGAAAGGGCAUUUUGUUUAAACCUCAACCUGCCUGACCCAUGUAUAAAAUGCUAACUUGUAAAACAUGAACUCCUGGCCUUUGUCAGCAGGAAGAAGAUGCUGCUUUAUUCAUUAGCAAUCCUAAAUAGGAUUACCAUACUCACAUGGCACCAGUGACUUCUGGGUCAGCCCCAAGAUUAAGACCAUCUCUUCAAUGCCUGAUAAAGCAUAAUAUUCAAUUUAUAGUCCUCCGAGAUUGUUUAUAACCAUCUUAUGAUCCUGUGGAGGGGGCAAAAGGAUUAAUUCAAAAACAUUUACUGAAACUACGUUGUGUAUUCCUCAAAUUGUCAAUUCUCCUUAAGCUUUUUAACUCUAAAUUUCUCAGUUGAAGUCUAGCCAUCUCUGUGAUGGAAAUGUAGUGGAUAACUAAGAUCAGGCCAUUUGAGCUCAGCUGAAUCUGAAAGAAGAAUGUAGGUGGCUAUACUUAUGUCAUUUCUUACCACUUCUCUCUAAUCCUAGACCAUAAAAAUUCACCACAUACACUGUUAUCCAAACAGUGGCUUUAUAAAGAAUUUUGUACAUGUUGAGUGUUUUUAUUUGUUACUCCAGCUAAACAUGAAUUAGAGUGAUUCACAUUUAAAAUUAAUUAUUUUCAUCUCUCAGCUUUUUUCUUACUAUAUUUAUUAUAGCUCUCCAAUCAGAUUUUGUAAAGAUGACCCAAUCAAUAGAAAUCAAAGUUAUAAAAGUCUUUCAAAAUUUCAUAUUUUGCAUUUUAGGCUUAUGGGCUCUAUGACAUCAUGCCAGUAUGACAUCAUGUCAGUAACAUCAAUGUGAGUUGCAUGAUGAUUUGUCAGUGUGAGAUCUUACCACUGUAAGGUCAUUUUGUGUGACUUGCCCCAUUGAUGGCACCUCAAUAAUUUUGAGAUUAAAAAAGAAGCACAAUGCAAGCAACAACAAAAAAGAACAGUAAGAAGAAAAUUGCCAACAAUAUUUGUGUUUAAUUUAUCCUUUAUAAAAAUACCUUCUUGCCCAAAUAACUUCAGUGUUUUUUUUUCCCUCCCAAAUCCUCUAUGUAUACACAUAUAGCAUCUGUUCAUAUAGAUUCCUUUAUUCUACAGUUGCACCGAUGUAAACUUUACAUUUUAACUCCAUAUUUAUUUUUCUUCUUGGAAUCAAUGAAUAAAUCAAGAGUGAGGAAUAUCAAGUCAAUGGGUUAUUUGGUUUCCUGUAAACAAUAUGACUGACUAGCUGGAUAUUUCACAUAUUAGCUUGUUGUACAAUUAUGAUGUAAAUUCAGCUUUAAUUAGGAAGAAUUCUUUGGUUGCAAAGAUUUAGGAUUCUGGAUUCGGAUCUUUUUUUUCUUGUCUUCUGUAACAAUCCAACUUAUCAUGAGUCCAACUGCCUCUUCUCUUUAUUGCAUCAUCUUCUUCCUUUUUUCCCUUGAUCUUUGCCGUCAUCUCCCGUCUUGUUGAAAGAGAAACCACCAAGUAUUAAAGAAAGGAACUGAAGAUUGACACAUCAUCUAAGCUUUGUCAACCAGAAUCAAAAAAUGGAAAGGAAAGAAUACUGAAUUGAUAAAUGAUUAGAAAGAUAUGGAGACUGUACUCAAGGAUUUGCACUCAGUAUGGCUGGGAUUGUCUGUUUUAGUGACUCUUAACCAGGAACAAUUUUGCUCCCAAGGAACAUUUAACAAUACGUGGAAGGAUUUUUGAUUGCCACAGUUCCAGCUCCUGGAAGAUACAUUGGCACGUGGUGGCUGGAAGUCAGGGAGGCUGCUAAACAACCCGACAACUAAGAAUCACUUGGUUCAAAAUGUCAGUAGUGCCAAAGUUGAGAAACCCUGAUGUAUUUUACGGGAUUCUAGAGUUAACUUCAUUUAAAUGGGAAAAUAAUCCUAUAUCAUUAUUAGAAUAUCAGUGCAAAUUAUUCAUCUGUUUAAAUAAGAUAAUGCUCACCAAUUGUAUAUCAGACCCACAGUUGGUGGUUCACUGAGCCUGGAGUUUUUGGAAUUUGUAGAGUGGAAACACAGGCCACAUCUAUAUACCCAAAAUGACCAGAUCACUCACGCUAGCACAAUGUUUCUAACAUUUUAAUAUGCAGUUAUUAUCAUCGCAAGUCCAGUCAACUGAGAUGAAGUAGUUGUCCAUUGCAAUGACUGCAGUUGCUGCAGUUAGUUCUAUUGCAGCUGCCAUUUUUCCUUUAAAAUCAUGAAGAGUUUCUUACAGAAACAAUGUCUCAUCUCUUUUGUGGUCACUGGAAAGAUAAACAUCCAUCAAAAAUUUCUCUCCUUAUAGCAAUAAUGUAAAUAUCCCAGAGUGGUCUUAGAAGAAGAGGAGACAAAGAAUGUGUGUGUGGGGGGGAGUUCAUUUCUUGAAAAAAGAAACGAUAGCCCUUUUACCAGUUCAUCAUUAAUUUAAUGCCAGCUCCCCAGUGUUAUGAACAGUUACCAAUAUAAUAAUUAACAUGGGAUAUAUACUCCAGCUUCAUCACAGAAGCUGGAGAUCCACAGACUCAUAUUCUUUGUCUAUUCACAGCUUUUUUUGAUCCUAAUGAUCUGAUAUAGAGGAAGAUGGGCAUUUAAAUGAUAGAAAAAUCAACUAAGAAAUGACACAUAACUUUAUGUUCUCCUUAGUUCAUUGAUAGCUGCCUUCUCCCAGUUGAAUAAUAUCCCUUUCAACAACCACAGUAGUGGUGUUGCAAUAGAUUAGGGAAGCACCCAAAUCUGGAUGAAUUGUGCAAAGUGUAUUUUCAGCAUGUAUAUACCAUGCCAUGCCUCAUAAAUAUGCUUCUCUUAAAAGGGUGCACGCUGCAGCAUGAACUGUGUGCAUAUUAAGUGUAUCUCCUGGAAUAUGCUGUAUGCUUAAUAUACAUAUUCUAUAAAUAAAGUAAUGAACUGUAUAAUAGAAAUACAUAUUUCUGUAUGCAAAUAAAUA